AAAGGAUUCGAUAUCGUUAAUUCAUUCGUUGUCGAAAACUCAAUGCUGCUUCGUGAUCUUGUCGGCGGAUUUUGCAGAACGGCCACGGUGAAAAAGGGAAGAGAAAAAAAUGGACAACUCAUGCAAAAGUGAGUUUAAAGAGCUGAACUUGGCAGCCAAGAUAAUUUUGUCAUCAUGGUAUGGCCUUGCAGGUUUAGCGGCCAUUAUUGGUAACGCGAUUGUGUUGUGGUUGGUCGCUCGAAACGAGUCUCUCAGAACAAUUUCCAACUUGUUCCUCGCUUCUUUGGCAGCCGCAGACUUUGUAGUAGGACUUGUAAUAGAUCCAGUCUGGAUUUUCACCAGAUGUGUGGGAUAUGAUGCAAAUAGUCACGUGCAGACGUAUGGUGAAGUUAUCGAUUAUCUCUGGAUCCACACAACAGUGGCCACCACGUUCAACUUAUGCUGUGUUACUAUGGACAGGUAUCUGGCGAUCCUCUAUCCUCUCCGCUACCAAGAUAUUCUCACCAAAAGGAGAUGUUACAUACUCAUUGUCACUAUUUGGUUCAUUUCUUUCAUUCUCCCGUGCUCCAGGUUCUUUGUCAAGGAUGGUUCAGUGUCACUGUGGUUAUCAUUUACAAUCAUCACAGUUCUAAUUCCCAUGAUGAUCAUCAUAUUUUGUUCUGUCAGAAUAUUGAAAGCAGCCGCAGAACAGUCGAAAAAAAUUAGAAAUAACUACACAGUGCAGAGUCAAGAGGCUCUGAGAAGAGGAAGGAGAAACUCAAAGGCGGCUUUGACAAUUGGCAUUGUGGUGGGACUCUUUGUUGUCUGCUGGUUACCAAGUCUAAUCACAUCUUUGGUGAAUUAUUUUACCCCGCAUCACUGUGGCCUGACCAGACAGUUGUUAUACUACACAGUGUGGUUAUCAGUGGAAGCUCUUGCUUUUACUUCGUCAGGAAUUAACCCGUGGGUGUAUUGUUUACGAUAUGACGAAUUCUACAAAGCUCUUACUCGUACUUUUCCUUGCGUUAAAAGACGCAAUUUAGAAGAAGCUCUUUCUCAUCUGAGAGAGAGAAAGCAGAGCGACAUGUAAGGGGCUUAGUCUCAGGUGGCAGUUUACUGUAUUAAAUGCCUUUACCACUCAGGCUUGGACGGUUAAACAAUCUAGAUAAACCUUUUUAAGCGUCAAUCUCGAUUUGAUAAAGAGAUACGGUGUAUCCAAAGCUUUCUCCUAAAGUAUGUGUUUAGAAAAUGAAGU